UAUGACUUCCCUCAACAACUUCACAACCUAACGCAAACCGUUCAUAAUAAAAAAUGGAUGGGUUUGGUUAUGGCGUGCUUCUCUCCCUUGGUGUUCUUAUGUUUACCAUAAUCACUACCUUAGUUUCCUAUUGCUGCACCCUGAUGCGUAUGCCAUCUCCACCUGCCAACCCAUCUCAUCAAAGGGUCAACACAACCACAAUCAUCACAGACCAAGGCUUAAGCAACAUGGAACAAGGCCUAGACGAAGCCACAGUUCACAGCUAUCCAAAGCUCCUUUACUCCCAGGCCAAGCUCCAAAAGGGUGACUCAAUUGCUUCUUGUUGUUCAAUAUGUUUGGGUGACUACAAAGACACUGAAAUGUUGAGGAUGUUACCUGAUUGUGCUCAUAUCUUUCAUCUCAAGUGUGUCGACCCGUGGUUACGAAUGCACCCUUCGUGCCCCAUAUGUCGAAACUCACCAAUUCCAACUCCUCUUUCAACUCCGCUUGCUGAGGUGACUCCCUUGGCGGCUCGACGAGAUUGAUGUCAUGAAGAAUGGUAGGGAUUUGAAUACUGAAAUCAUUUUAGUUGUUUGUGUAUACACCAAAACUUUUGGAUAGAUUCUUUAGGUGUUGAGCCAUCUGUAAUGGUUUUGUAUUUACAAGCUUUUUUUGGUAAGUUAUAUCGAACAAUUAAUUUAGCAACUUGAUUUCCUAUCUUGUACAUGAUAACUGAGAAACUACAAUAAUUAAAUUCAUUUUUGAAGAUAGCCGAAAGAAAAAAGAA